AUGUAUGAUGACAUCAACUCAAAGAACAAGAUCUUCUUCUGGUGCAUCAUUGGUGUUGCUAUUUUCUUAUUGCUUGUUUUCGUCGCAAUCAUUGCUAUCUCAUGGAAGAGACUUAACAAUGAUAAGACAGCAAUUUACAAGACAUUGAUGUCCCUUCCAAAGAACGUCGUUUCUUCUAUCAACGAGAACUUGAGACAGUUGCAGAAGAACACAGACUUAGGAGGCACAAAGACACAACAAUCUGAAGGCGAAAGAAACAAGCAAGAAGAAAACUUGCUUAAGAUUUUCGUCACUGCAUCAGAUUCAUCUGGAACUGUUGGUGAUUUCGCACAGCUUGCAAUUGCAUUCGUCUUCAUCAUGCUUUGCUCAAUUGCUUACACAACAAUUCUCUUCUUGUUGUACGAGAAAAUCGGCACACUCAUCAAAGAGAACGCUCCACAGGCAAACAACAUGUUUGGCACUGCUUCUUACAUCACUUUGCUUGCAUUGUCUGUCAACCAAAUCAUUGGUGUCGCAAACGGACAUCCAGCUGUUGAGUCUGACUUUAUCUUAGGAUUGACAACACAGGCAAACACAGUUCUCCAGACAAUGUACGUUUACUACAACAAGAUCAGGUUCGGUGAUGGAGAAUCCCUCCCAUUCCCUCACUUCGAAACACUCGCAACAAAGGCUAUCGAAAACGCUGGUUGCAACAUUACAAAACCUCCGGCCAAUUUGACAGAGGUUUUAGCCUGCUACUCACCAGAUAUCAUUGUCAGGUACUUGAGUCCAUUGAUGCACAGAAUUGUUGAUCCAAUCAACGCUACAAGUGGUCUAAUUAAGGCCAGCGACAGACAAGAUGUCUUCUGGGUUUUGACAGCCUACAGAUUAUUUGAUGAUUUCUUCUAUCCAGGCGCACAACAAAUUUCAUCUUCCCUUGACAGUGGCAUCAACCACGAGAUCACAUUCUCUGGUAUUUUGACACUUGUCUUCAUCAUUCUCAUUCUCAUCACAAUCGGCGUCAUCAUCUACAAGCUCCACAUGAUUGACAAGAAGCUCAGAUUCACACUUGGUUUGUUACUUUCUUGCAACCCAUCAACUGUUAUGCAGAACUCCCAGAUCGUAUCCAUUUUGACAGGUAACUUCUCAAAGACAUCAACAGAUACAGCAACACGUGAUGCACAGUUCUACAAGUUGCUCGUCCAGGAUAUGCAAGAUUCUGUCAUUGUUACAAACCAACAGUUCGAAAUUGUUUCUUGGAACAAGGCUUCUUCAGCCAUUUUCGAUGUCGAUUUCACAAAGAACAACAACUUCCAGCAGCUCUUGACUUCCAGUGAGUUCUCUGGUGAUGUCACGGCCCUCUUCGACGCAACAUCGAAGACAGGAAAGACAGAGAUCAAGUACAACCACAAGAAUGAUACAAAGGUUCUCAACAUCCAGGCAAACUCAUUCGGUAGCAAUGUCGUUUUCACAACACAAAACGUUACACAGAACUUCAUGUACAACAAGCUUAUCGCCGAAGAAAGAGCAAAGAGUGAUACAUUACUCGCUUCAAUCCUUCCAGCUUCUUUGGUUCCAAGAGUUCAGCGUGGUGAAAAGAACAUUUCUUUCGCUGUUCCUUCUGCUUCAGUCGUUUUCAUCGAUAUCGUCGAAUUCACACCAUGGUGUGGCUCCAACGAUGCAAAGACUGUCAUGGGAACACUGAACAUCAUCUUCCAGUACUUCGAUGCUAUUGUUAACUCUCAGCAAGUCAUGCAGAGAAUGAAAUGCAUCGGUGACUGUUACAUGGCUGCUGGUGGUAUCUUCGCUGAAGUUUCUAACGCUGUUCAAAACGCUAAGGAAGCUGUUGAUUUCGGUCUUCAGGCUUUGGACGCUGUAGAGCGCGUUGACAAGGAGCAGAACCAGAAACUUAGGAUCAGAGUCGGUGUAAACGUUGGUGGUCCUUUGGUUGCUGGUGUUUUGGGUACUGAAAAGCCAACAUUCGAAAUCUUCGGCCCUGUCAUCGUUAUGGCUCAACAAAUGGAACACAACGGUGUACCAAUGAAGGUACACAUCUCUCGUGCUGUUUACGAACUUAUUUAUGGUGGUCAGUAUAAGAUCGAAGAGCGUGGUGAAAUCCAGAUCAAGCAAGGAAGGGUCGUCACUUACUUAGUUUCACGCUAA